UGUCUCCAGUGUGUGCCACAGGGGCCCGGCUGGCACAUGUCCCUGUGCCAUGGCACAUGCCUACCACUGCCACAGGUUUGUCCCCAGCGGCGCUGUGCCUGUGCCAGGAUGGCUUGGGACAAGGCUCUUCCUUACCCGGGGUUUCUGGGAUCUGCUAUUGGCCAAAUCCCGGUUUUCUGGUCCCCUCUGUGUCCUUGCUGACCAGGUCUCUCCUCCAUGCUCUAGAUACAGCCCAUGGCCACGGUACCGGUUCAGAGACAGGAGUGUCACCGUCCCCAUCCAGUUCAGUCACAGCCACCAGCCUGGGGACACCCGAUGUGUCUCCAUCUGGCUCUGACACGGGGACGGCCGAUGUGUCUCCAACCAGCAAAGCAGCAGCAUCUACACCACCUCCUCCCAACCCAGGCACCACAGUGUCCCCAUCCAGCACACCGGCCUCAAUGGUGCUUAAGGCACCUUUUUCCGACACAGCUGCAAUGUCAGAGCCAGCAGCACCAACAUCUUCAUCCCACCCAGCCACAGCAUCGUCUCCCUCUGGGAUAACGGGAUCACCAGGAGCUCUGACAAACCCAUCCAACACAACCACAGCACCGUCUCCAUCCAGGACACCGGGAUUGGUGGAAGCAACGUCUCAAUCCAGCACGGCCAUGGCACCAUCUCCAUCCAGGACACCGGGCUCGGUGGAAGCAACAUCUCCAUCGAGUGUGACCACGGCACCGUCUCCAUCCCCCCCAGCCGUGCCCAGCUCUGCGGCCACAGGACAUCCCCCCAGCUCCACGGCAGCACCAGCCCCAUCCUCACCUGGGUCCUCCAAGCCCCCUCCUGCUCCCAGCUCACCCACAGUGAGCCCCGGUCCCACCAGCACCAGAAUGGCACCAGCCAUGGGCACCAGCGCCGUGGUUGGCAGCUCCGCGCAGCCCCCCACCAAACCCAGCCCUGCCGUGGUCACCAUCAUCUGCCUCUUCAUCUGCCUGCUGGUGGGGGGCGCAGCGGUGCUGCUGGUGCGGCUGUCCCGGCGCAGGACCCCCCGAUUCCAACACUUGGACGAGGUGCCCAUGAGCAACCCAGGUGACCCCCCCGCUGCUCAAUAAAGAAGCUGCUGCCUUGGCUCUGG